AUGUUCGGUGCUUUCAGGGCCUCGCCAGUCAGCCAAGGUGGCCUUCUGUGGAAAGUGCCCUGGAGGCUGUCCCGGACACGGAAGGCGAACCAGAGGGACAGGCUGAAAAAGGUGGACUCUGUCAUCGAGGCCGUUAGGGCGAGUGGGGUACAGUGUAACGCCCUGACGGAGGCACUCCAGCUACCCAAGGAGCACGAGAUGGCACCGAGGGACAAGUACACCGUAUUCUCACCUCAUUCCAGAGGGUACCGUAAAGGCAUUCAUAAAGUGCCAAAAUUCACGCGGGUGCGUUUACGAGGCUCCCGUUUCCUGGCACGCACUCAUUCUUAUGCAGAUCACCCACCGGGUGAACCCCAAGGGUUUCUGAUCAUAGACCAUUCCUAUUUGUACAGCUGUAUUGUAUCUGGCAUAACAUCUCCAUUAAUCAUUCCUGCAUUGAUAUAA